CUUCUUGAUCAGCUUGUGUGUGGCAGAUAUACUCGUUAUCAUAGUCUGCAUGCCAACAGCCUGGGUGGACAUUUACUCACAAGAUGUCUGGUAUUUUGGAGAGGCUAUGUGUAAGCUGGUACCUUUCUUAGAAAACGUGGUUGCUGGAGCUUCUGUGCUCACCAUUCUAUUUAUAAGCAUUGAGCGAUAUAAAGCGAUAUGUCAGCCACUCCACAAAAGCAACGAGGCCCUGUGUCGCGUAUUCAAGCACAUCACUGUUAUCUGGAUCGUGUGUUCCCUAGCCUCCCUUCCUUUCCUUAUCUUGCCUGUGUACAGAGAUUCGGAAUGGGUGGACGGCACGCCCAUCAAAGUUUGUCGGCACCCGAUGAAGUAUUCAUGGCAGAAGUUAUAUCUUACUGCUGUCCCCGUUGUGUUUUUCGUGUUACCGUUCGCCAUCCUGGUGGUGCUGUAUUGUCGGGUUGGCAGGGUGCUCAUACCUAAAGCCUGCGACCCGUCCGACAUGUACGAUGACACGUACAGAGAGAAAAUGCGACAGCGCCGCCAAGGAAUCAACAUCGUUAUCUGCAUCGUCUUGGUGUUCUUUGUCAGUCAUUUGCCUUAUCGUGUUGUCUGCCUGUGGCAUCUGUUUGUACGAAAUGAUGUCAUAAUCAGCCUUGGAUUGGAGAACUAUUUAUCUAUUGUAUACUCCGCUCGUAUUGCCUUCUACUUAAAUCACGCUCUUAAUCCAAUAUUAUACAAUUUUGUUUCCCGGAAGUUUCGUGCUGAGCUUCGUUGGAUAUUCCAUACAUGCCGUUGCAGGCGCCCGGACUGUUGUACACAGCGUACUUCUGGUUGUGCUUCAAAGGGCUUUAGGUCCUCGUAUCCUCCCGUUGUGAAGUUCAAAAAGGCAGAAAAUGGAGCUGUGGCAAUGAUGCCUGCAGUGAGAUUCAGUGAUAGAGCAGACUCUACAUCCUCGGAACAGAGGAAGUUUCGAAAUGAUUUCUCAGUUCUGUAUGCCUCAUUACAUGUCGACGACAAAAAGAAGAACGGCGAAAUCUCUGCACAAGACGUUCAGGAUAUAAAGAAACACUUCAGUGGACAAAUCAGUUGUGAAGGCGAGAAAAAACAAAUUACAGCGUUUCGUGUUCUGAUUCGAUCAACCACAGAAGGCUUUGCUAUCAACGUUGAUUUGGAAGCCAAGUCAGGAAAACGCAAAGCGACCACUCACGAAACUUGCAAGACAACAUGUCUAUAAAAAAAUAAGCAUGGCCACAGCAGUGACAGAUUCCACUGUAUGCUGUUGACCAGUCAAGUAUAAACUGUGAGAAAUUUGAACACAUUUAUAUUUGCGCAUUGGGUAUUGUGUUAAUAUGAACUGCACGAAAGAAUGGUGCAAAUAUUUUUUUACGGAAAUAAUGCUUUUAGCAUACCUGCAAUGCAUGAUGUUUGAAAAGCAAAAUACAAAGUAACAAAAUCAGCGCAUAUUACGUAAAUGUGUAUAGAUUUAAGAAACAAAAAAAACACAAAAGUACAAAAUGCAACUCAACCACCUCUUAAAUACACAUGUUAAAGCUCUUCUUGAUGCUUUGAUCACAUGACCCGUCCGAAACUUCACAUAGAACUUCUGAUCAUGCAGAGAUUAAGAGUUGUUUUUCUUUGUAACAUUUUGUCUUUUACGGUCCGAGAUUAAGUGCAUAGUUUGCCUUGCGUGAUUUAAUUCAAAGUUGUUUAACACAGUUUGUGACCAACGAGCAAACACUAGCUCCUACGAAAAGCCACUGAAACAACUGCGGUUGGUAUAGAAUCGAUUUAAUUACAUACAUUUAUGAAUGAAGUCGGGAUGAAUGGAUUCCUUUUCGUCACAUCCACCGUGGAGCCUUAUUAUUUAUAGCAGCCUCCCGAGAUGAGUACUGAUAAUGAACUAGGACAGGCUGAUGUUUUUCGUGACUUAAGGUGCUUAUUUUAGAUUGUAAUCAGAAGUAUCGUCUUCAAGAGAAGACAAAGUUAGAAAAAGAGAGGCCUUUUUUUGGCACCGGGGUGAAAAGAUUUCCCGGUGAUAAUAGUGUUCAAAUUUACCCACCACACGCCAGCCAGUCCGCGCCAUUUGCUCAGCAGCCACCAGCAGCACUUACCAAGACUGCAGUUUCCCAAAUGGUAUCGUUGUUAACGUUGUACAGCAAUCUCUCUCUGGGUUCGUAUCUUUUUUAGGGGUUUAUGUUGAACGGCAACAGGCUGCAUCGCACUCUGAAAGUUGAAAUAUAUAUCUACUGAUAAAAGGUAUGUACUAUACUUGAAACUGUGUCACACGACUUUGGUAUACAUUCCAUAUAUUGCAUUUUAUA